AUGCGGGCGACGAGACUGUGUUGCAGUACGAUCGACUACGGUAUCCAUGUACGCGGCCGUCUCAUCGAUUCGGCCUUUACCCUCCAUUUUGACCCGAAGUUUGAUCCAUUGGCCAACGCCGUCAAAGAGGCCACGAACGCCGGUAUUCGUGAGGCUGGAAUUGAUGUGCGUCUCUGUGACAUUGGAGAAGUGAUCGAAGAGGUCAUGACCUCGCAUGAAGUGGAGCUCGACGGUCGCACGUACACUGUCAAGCCGAUCCGCAAUUUGAACGGACACUCGAUCGGACAGUACAGGAUUCACGCCGGAAAGACGGUGCCUAUUGUCAAGGGUGGUGAGCAAACGAAGAUGGAGGAGAAUGAGGUGUAUGCCAUUGAAACGUUCGGAUCAACCGGCAAGGGCUACGUCCACGAUGAUAUGGAGUGCUCGCACUACAUGAAGAACUUUGACCUCGCCGAGCAGCACAUUCCAUUGCGACUACCGCGAUCAAAGGGCCUCCUUCAGACGAUCGACAAGAACUUUGGCACACUGGCUUUCUGCCGACGUUGGCUGGAUCGCUUGAACGAAACCAAGUACCUGAUGGCUUUGAAGGACUUGUGCGAUAAGGGAAUCGUCGACGCCUACCCGCCCUCUGCGAUGUCAAGGGCUCGUACACCGCCCAGUGGGAACAUACAAUUC